UAUCAAGUUCGCUGCAAGGGAGUAGAGCACACAAAGAUCAAGCUGCACUGCGAUGAAUGCAUCGAAAGGCCAGUGAAGAAUGGUCUACAUCCAUGCCGCAACUACAACAGUGAGGAUAUGCGUGAGUACGUCGAGCGCCAGUUCCUCGAGCGAAAUCUUCGCCCAAGCCAUCAAUGUGAAGUGAAGGAGAAGCUCGACACUUUCUUCAGUCCGGACGCUCCGCUUGGGCCAGUCAAUGCCAACGAUCUGGGCGCGCUCAUGCCCUAGGAGUGUCGAGUGUGAUCUAUUGGCGUUAAGUCAACUAAGAACUGCACAAAAACGGC